UGCGAGAGGGUGUCGGCAGAGGAGUACCCUGAGUCGUGGCCCAACCAUCCAGUAGGCAACAUGGCCCUGUGACGCGCCUCUCUUCCUCUCUCUCUCUCUACCUCUCACUCUCUCGAACAACCGCACGGGAAUACCAAUCCGAGAGGACGUGUGUUUAAGUGCCAAGGGUAUCGCAAAGGAGUGCCUCACAGAGUCUCCCAGGAAUCUCCCAGGAUCCCUCGCUAGCCAGCAGGGCGCUACCGCCACCAUGCAGGUGGAGAAGCUCGUCUCGAAGACUUCCAGCAGGAGGUCGUGCGCGGACGACUACGACGUUCGGCGGACGAGUAUAUGGGAGACUUACACCAAGAACUUGAGAAACUCCACGCCGUCACGGAUGCUGUCCCCCUCCAUCUCCCCGGCCACAUCGCCCACCCUGACACACAGCGGGUCUCCUACGCCGCCGCUCUACCCAACACAACCCAAGAUCUCGGGCAUCCCCACCGUCGCCGCCGCCUCCAGAUACGGCUCCUCCGCCCUCUGCAGAUUUACGGCUCCUGUACACAUCGACGUCGGCGGAUCCAUCUACACCUCUUCCUUGGAGACGCUUACAAGGUACCCGGAGAGCAGGCUGGCCAGGUUAUUCAACGGGUCCAUCCCCAUCGUGCUGGACUCCCUGAAGCAGCACUACUUCAUAGACCGGGAUGGCAAGAUGUUCCGCCACAUCCUCAACUACAUGCGCCACGGUAGGACCCUCCUGCCAGACGACUUCAGUGAUCACGACCUGCUGCUGGAGGAGGCCAGGUUCUUCGAGAUUAGCGGUUUGGUAAAACAAGUCGAGGACAUGAAGAAGGCGCGGCAGGAGAACCGCAGGGCGUCCUCGGUGUGCAGCGGCAGCCUCUCCUCCAACACCUCCUCCAGCAAUUCUUCCCUCAGACACAAGCCUGUCGUCAAUGGCAUCAAGAAGGAGGACGACGGCCACGGCUACGAGGUUAUCGCCCUGAACAUCUCGCCAGACCUGGGGGAGCGCGUCAUGCUCUCCGGAGAACGCUGCGUUAUCGAGGAGCUGUUCCCCGAGGUGGCACAGGCCAUGAUGGACGCCCGCUCCUCGCUGGCCUGGAACCAUGACCAUCGGUUUAUCAUCAGAUUCCCUCUCAACGGAUAUUGCAAGCUGACUUCGAUGCAAGCCAUCCAACGACUUCUGAACCAGAACUUCACCAUCGUGGCGAGCAACGGCGGAGGCGUAGAGGGCCAGCAGUUCUCGGAGUACCUCUUCUGCAGGAAAACUAUACCACUGUGAUCACCUCGUUCGUUAAUUAUCGUCCAAGAACUAUCGCACUUCGUAGUCGGGGCGCAGGCUAUGUGGGCCAUCACGUCACAGACAGAUUAGAUAAAAAAGAAAUAGAAAUAGAGGAGGGGGGGGAAGGGGGAGAGUAAAGAAUGUUAUGUACUAUGAUGAAGUCCGGAGGAAGGAAACUGGACGUGUUUCUUUUCAGCAAAAGGUUCAUGUGCGGUUCGAGCGGGAUUUUUUCUCUUUUUUUUUCACUUCGGUAACUUAGGAGAAGGACAUCUUUUGUAAGGAUGGAGAGAAUGCACGCGAGUAUAUUUUCUAAGAUAUAUAUUAGAGAAAAAUAAAGUCCAUUUUCUAUCUGCACAAGAAGAGAAGAGAUUUUUUUGUGUAUAGAAUCCAGCAUCCCUGGAAGAGGUAAUCGCCAUCGGAUUACCAGUGAUUUUGUGGAAAUUUUGGAGAUUUUCCGCUUGUAAUGAAGAUGACAUUUACCCUUUUUAUAUUUUUUAAAUGUUUGAAUUAAGAUGUAUGGAAUUUUUAUUACAAUUUUAUUGUAUACAAGAGUAGUCACACAAUGGUCGACCGAUAGCGUUCUAUUGUGUUUAUAUGGUGAUACUGAAUGGUGAUUCGAGAUAGUGAUGUUGAUGCAGAUGACUGUAAAGAUGUUUUACGAGAAUCGUGUUCCUGGUUACCGGGUUCAUCGUGGAUUCUUCAGUGCCAUGCUUUGUACACACUGUCGGUGCUCGAGAGCCGCCACUGUCAUGUCACCCAAGAGGUAGCUCGUUAUUGUUACAUAGUUUACACAUUUUUUCUCUCUUUCUCUCGAUCAGUAGAGUUAUAUACAGAUCCCUAAGGUUAAUUUGUACUCUUUCAUGAUCAAUGGAAUUACAAUUAUAUUUGUAAGAUUAUUUUUCCCACGUAGUUCCGGGCGACGUUUUUAGGGAAAUACAUUGACACUGAUGACCAGGUUUUCGAUUUGACGAUCAGCUGGGUGACAUGUCAGUCGCUGUUCUUGAGAUUGUUCUGGCAGCGCUGACGGUGUUCUGCCAAGUGAAUCAGGAUAACAGCAUAAGUUAAGGGAUAAUUGUAAAAAAAAAAUGAUUUUUAGCUUAGCAUAUUUGGGACGACGAGCUAAGCAGGACAUUGUUGAGUUUGUUGUGGACGUUUCGAAAAAAAAAAAAAAAAAAAAAAAUCAUUGUUAUAUGAAAGCGAAUGAAGGCUCGGUGAUUCACUUAACGAAAGUCAUUAACUGACAAAACAAUGUACGUACAUACGAGCAAAUGAUUUUGUUAUAAUCUGUGUUUCUUUAUUGAGACAGAAUGUUUUUUUUUUGGCUGCGUUCGAACUGAUAAUCCAAAUUACAGUAAUAACUACAUUCCUAUGAUUAACAAUAAUGCUGACGAUAUUCUCUUGGGAUAUGCCCAAACGUGCAUCACACACCAUACUCAACAAAGUCUUGGCUUUCGAAAUGUCCCGUAGAAUUUAUCGUGCCAUACUCACUAGGAGGCAGAGUGCGUGGGUGUGGGGACCUCUCUCCUUCACACGACUCAUGGGACGCGUGGACAUGGAGCAGGCAUCGAAAAACUUUUCUUUCUCCUUUCACCAACAAUGUUUCAAUGCUCGGGCAGAGAGAAUGCUCCAGGGCCGUCGUCGAGUCAGUCUAGUUCGCCUCCAUGUCCUCUGUAUAUUCUUUUCUAAUGACUUUAGAAAUUCUUCUGGUAUUGUACAGUGAAGAAAAAUUUAUGUAAUCAUUUGACUGUUGUUCACCGGUCUCCUGCUAUUCCUAUCCCAUUUUUCUUUAUCCGUUCAUUCACCGCUAGGUCCUAACCCCACCCAGGCUAGACCACGCCCCCUAAGCCACGCCUCUCACCUGCCGUUAGAGACCCGGCCAGGUCAGGACUGGGUCAAGGAGCAGUACAAAACAGAGGUCGAGGCAGGUCAGAGUCACCCCGUGAACUAAUGUACAUAAGAAGGAGAUAGUGGCACCAGAUCUAGCCAGGAACAUGAUCGAAAUUGCGGAUACGAGCUCCUUGAAGCGGUACAGCCAGUCGUAUCGUCGCGCCAAGAGAACGGCCGACUAGGGCUGGGGGAGUCCCCCUCGCGGCGGGGCGAGUCGCAGUGUCGUCGUGUUCCCUGCAGGUCUGGUCCGCUUCCUUAAAGAGUCUCUUGCUGCCACCAAGCCAGACACGAACCACGCUGCAGCUGCCACACCGAAGAGUUUGCCCUUGGCUUUACACUGUCUCUCUCUCUCUUUCUUUCUUUCUCUCUUUCUCUCUCUCUCUCUCUCUCUCUCUCUCUC